AUGGAACGUCAAAAGCGCAAGUUCGUGGCUGCUGCAAGUUGUGAAGGUGAAGGAGGCCGCAGAGGGAGAAUGACAGACAGAUUUAGCAAUCUUCCUGACCAAAUCUCCCACGUCAUUCUUUCGUUCCUUACCAUGGCUGACCUUGCUCGACUCAGUUAUGUGUCCAAAUGUUGGAGAGAACUUUGUCUUUCAUCUCCGGUUUUGAAUUUCAAUGAAUAUAACUGCAUAGCGGGUGCCGAUAUGUGUGGUAGCAAGCAGAGGUUGUUGAAUAUUCUGGAAAGGUUCCUUUUGCUUCGUGCGGAUCAUAAGAUACAGCGCUUCCGUUUUGAUUGGCAUUUUCCCCCUCCAAAGAAGAACCAAAGUUCAUCAUCAUCAUGCAGCUGUCUUGAUGUCUACUAUCGCGUGAUGUCGUGCGUCCAGAAGGCGGUGAGAUGUAACGUUGAACAGCUUGAGCUUAAUCUCCUUGGACUAGGUGAACCCAAUCUGAAUUUUCCGUCUUCCAUCUUUCUUUGUGAAUCUUUGAAGUCUCUGUCGGUCUACACGAACCGUGCGAUUCUUAGAGCCCCCUCAUCCUCCUCAUCUAUUUCCUCUAAUCUCAAAGACUUGGAGUUGUUGAAUGUUGUUAUAGCAGAUGAUGAGGGGUUUUUCAAAUGGAUCUCAUGUUCUUGCAAAUGCAUCCGGAAAUUAGGUCUUGACCAUCCUUAUAUGAUUAAAAAUCUCAAUAUUGAAAGCUCUUCUUUGGAGAGGUUAAGUCUUUCUUAUCCCCAACCUGAUCUUGACACACUUAACAUCUCCUGUGAAAAUCUUCAACGGUUAAGUAUCUCCUUAUGUCCUGAUUCACGCAGCAUUACAUCGUUGAAUAUUUUUGCACCAAAUCUUAAAAAGUUGUGGUGGGCAUGGAAUUUGAUGAAUCAUCCAAAUCUCAGAAAGUUUCAUAGUUUAGAAUCUGCUGAGGUUUAUUUUGAUUCCGUAGGCAAAGUUUCUCUCGAAAAAACUCAAAAGUUCAAAAGUACUUUGAUAGAUUUGGAGACUAGAGUAGAUGAGUUUGAACCCUUAUCUGAAGUCUUUCACGGUUUAAGAAUCAAUGGAGUUCUUAUUCUAAAUGAAGCUGCCGUUAAGGUUAUGUUCAAGCUGGAAGGGUCCAUGCCAGUUUCAUUCAACAAUGUUCGAAGUUUGCGUAUGAAUAUUGGGUGCGUAAUUGACGAGAUAGUCCCUUCAAUGGUCUCUGUUCUUAGAGGAAUGCCUUACUUGCGUACCUUAUACAUAAAGCGUUGCCCACCUUUUCAUGAACUUGAAUCUAAUAAAGGCAGAUUUGAUAUAGGAUACUGGAAACUGCAAAACCUUGGAUUUAUUAAUCGACUUGAAUUCUUCACCAUAGAGAUUUUAGACUGGAACAAUGUAGUUGAAUUAGCAAGCUACGUACUCGAGUGUGCUCAGAAAUUGAAGAAAGGUGUCAUAAUUUGUUCAGCUCAAAAUUUGGAGGAAGUUAAGCUGAAAUUAGAGAAAUGCAAGAUGAUUUCCAAGUCUGCAAUUGUCUUUAAGGAAAGACCAAAAAGUGAACGAAGACUGCUCUUUUAA